CACACUUGCACCUUCGCUGCCGCUUGUCAGUAACACACAAUGGAGCUUCAGUUGGUGGAUCAGUUGCGGGAAAAGCUUGAGGCCGCAAAGCUCUCCCGCGAUGAACUGCAGAAAGUGUUCCCACCGAGUCUGUUCAAGAGGCACCGUCACGAGGCACCUCCCUACGUGCCAUACAGUUACCAGAAGCAGAAAUUGGAGGUAGAGAAAAAGAUCAGGGAGUGGAACGAACCCCUAAAGCCUAGGAUCCCGCCAGACCAGGUCGACAAGUACUUGCAGGAGUUUGCUGAGGCCAAGAAAGCUGGUCGCUUCGCACACCUUCCCCCGGAGCAGCUCGAGAGACUUGAGGAGGAAGUGAAGGCAGCCGCAGCAGACUCAGAGAAAGCAAAGGACCUUGAGGAAUUCUUGGGGGCUGUGAAGGAAGAGACCACAGGUACGGAGGAGGAGGAGGAGGAAAAGAAGUGUCUGGGAGGAGGAGUUUGUGGAAAGCAUAAACAAAGAAAGGAAUGAAAUAGACGAGACUGUAGAAGGAAAACGUAGAGGGAAAGA